AUGUUUUCUUCUCUUCUAGGUUCUGGCAAGAUGGAUGCAAAGAAUUUGAAUUCUGGUCCCAUCUCUGUACUUAUUACUGAGUCACCGUUUGCCCAGAGGUUCAGGGAGUAUUUGGAGAGCGAGAGGGUUCUGGAUGUCUGCCAUCGUGUGCAAAAGCUGCUGGAUGGCACAGUGGCAUUGCCUGUGCUGGGAGAGAAACUCACUGAGCAGCACCUGCAGGAGCUGCGGGAGAGCCUGCCCCCUGAGACGACAUGCACACUGACGUGGGUUCAGAACCCCAUUCCCUCAAAGGCAGCACGAGUCCAGUCGCCUGCCCGGAAGCUGUGCAGGGAGCUGCAGCAUUUAGUGUCAGCCUCUGGGGGCACAUGGUCAGAUAAGCUGGAGGACGAUCUCCCUCGUUCUUGGCAGCGGCACGGAGACCUCAUCCUGCUGAGCGAGGACAGCUUCAGGGCUGCGUUGUGGAAGGAGCUGGGACCAGAGCUCUGGGAAACAGUUGCUUCUGCUCUGGGCGCCCGACGCGUAGCCAAACGAGGGCGAAUAUCACCGGAUGGAGUACGAUCCCCGACAGUGACCCUGUUGCUGGGGCAGGAUGGCUGGGUGGAGCAUGUGGACAAUGGAAUCAGAUACACGUUCGAUGUGACCAGGUGCAUGUUCUCUCCUGGAAACAUCACAGAGAAGCUGCGGGUGGCGUCGCUGCCAUGUGCCGGGGAAGUGCUAGUGGAUCUCUAUGCAGGGAUUGGCUAUUUCACGGUGCCGUACCUAGUUCACGCCGGUGCUGCCUUUGUCCAUGCCUGUGAGUGGAACCCCCAUGCUGUGGAGGCCCUGAGAAAGAACCUGGAGCUGAAUGGCGUGCAGGAUCGGUGUCAGAUCCACCAAGGGGAUAACAGGCAGCUGGAGUUGCGGGACGUGGCCAACAGGGUGAAUCUGGGGCUGCUCCCCAACUCGGAGGAGGGCUGGCCUAUUGCCUGCCAGCUUUUGCAGAAGGGCACAGGGGGCAUUCUCCACAUCCACCAGAACGUGGAGUCCUUCCCAGCAAAGGCUCAUUUGCAUAGUGGCCACUUGGAGGAGCAGCAGCUGCAGCAAUGUCCAGAGCAAGCCGUAUCCAACAGGCAGGAGGACAAAAUGGGCCAAAGGAACCGCAAGAGCCCAAAGGAUGCUGACAUCAUGGAUCCUGGGAGGGAGACCCAGGCAGUUGCGACCAGGGCCGAGUGGCAGAGGUGGGCAGAGACCACGGGAACGCGGAUCAGGGUUCUGCUUCAGCAGCUACAUGGGAAGCCUUGGAGGACAAACAUUCUGCACAUUGAGCCAGUGAAAUCCUACGCACCCCAUGUGAAUCACAUAGUCCUGGAUCUGGAGUGCCGCCCCCUCUCUUAGUACACAGGGAGAGUGGACUGCACCCUUGGGUUCCCCAGGAAUGUCGCCUUCUCCGCUAGCAAAUGCGCAGGGGGAGCUCAGGGCCCAAGCCUGAGAAGUGCACAAAGCCUACACAGAGAUGAGUGCUCCCCGCUGGCACCCUGUGAACUGGUUCAGUCUGACACUGGUCUUUGCCUUCAGCCCUCCUGGGACCCCUCUUCUCUCCAGACUGGCCUGUAACAGCUUGACCUGACCAUCAUGGUGCUCCCUGCAGCUGGUGCAUUCCCUGCUCUCUGUGAGCUUCAUUCUAUUUCCAUUUCCUGCAACCAGGUAAAACAUUUGUUGUAAGUUUUAUCUGCAUGGGUCGUGUCUUGCUGUUUUUCCCAGCGGGAUGGCAGAGUUCUCCAGCACUCAGCUCCAAACUCUGUUCUCACCACUAAUGCCAGCAAGAGACCUGGGCUUGUGAACUUAGCAGAAUGUCUGAGUUAAGAUUCACCAAUUGAGCCAGAGAGCAUCUUAGUCCUGCACAGAGGUUGCCGCUGGUGCCAGGCUGUGGGCAAAUUGUGUCUCUGUGACCACUAGGACCUAGGCUCAGACUCACCAGACUUACUGCCCUUGUGGUCUAAUCAGAAAAUGCUGAGCGCUUUGCUCAUGGUAUUCAUUUGUUGUGGGCAUGUGAAGAGCUCCAGGACGUAGUGUAGUCCCUGUGAGCUGACCUUGCUCCCUCCGCUGCUGUCCUGGUCUAUUCCUAUUUACCGCACUACGAUCCUGAUCUUGCAGUGAGCCCCCUUACAGGCAGAUCCCCACUGAUGUAAGUGGGGCUCAGUGUGGAGCCAGUUGCGGGAUCGGGCCCUAUGUACUUUAUCACACAACAGAUAUGAACUUUCCUGUUUCUUAGCAUCUAAAGGGGGCUUGUUCAUCCUCUUGUUCCAAGCCUGGAUCUGAAGUUGCUAUGAUGUUUGCCCACAAGUUUCAGGAAGCCCGGGCAAGCAGAUCCUCUGCUGCUACUUGGGAUUUUUGGCCUGUCUCUGUUUAAAAUAGUGAGAAAUGAAUGAAUAUAGUGCUACUGAAAGGUGCCAAACUGAGAUCCCCGGAGACCAAAGCCUCUCCCCAUAGAACAGGUGCAGAGUCAGUGCAAGAUUUCCCCACCCAGCAAUUCUGCCUCACUCCUGCCCUGGAUGGAACAUAGGAACUGCCAAACUGGGUCAUGCCAGUGGU